AUGGAAUUUAUCCGGUCAUUUUUGAAUUCUUCAUAUACUACGGAAAAGAGAAGCAAAAAAGAAACGGCGUCAGACUGCAACAAUCUGUCUCCCGAAUUCUGCUUGAAAGGACCUUCCAAGAACUUUGCGACACAACGGCGAACAGGCAUAGCGGAUGAAGUAUUGCGCAAGAGAUGGCGUCGUGGAAAAUCAACAGACGUCAUAUCCGAGUUCAGCUGGAAAGCGUCGAAUAAUCCAGGUUUCACAUUUUGUACAAGCAGCUGUCAAUGUUGGAACUGUGACGGUUGCUUCUUUUGCAAGCCAUCGUGUUUAUUCUACCGAUACUACGCGACACCCUCAUCCGACACUAUCUAUACGGUAUUCACCUGUCCAGUAUGGGAGCUGACAGUUACAGCGGACGUCACACUACAACUGCAAAAUCAAGAAACCGAGACACACAGCGUCGUACUUCGACCAGGAAGAACCGCAAGAGUGAAGAACAUCAAACUAUCUCUUCUUGCAACCGUUUCUCCCCAGCUUCCCAUUUUGGGCUCGGCCUUCAUAACCGACGGCAAGAAAACAGCCAUGACCAUGACCGUUCAGGCAAAUGAAUUAACUCCCCAAACGCCAGGGCAGCUCCAGUGCGCUUCCAAAGCCGAAGCGAAACAAUUCAGUUGUCGAUUUUCCGCAAGAGCAUGCACAUGCUCUACGGGAUCAUUCAAAGCCAGCUGCACAUGUCCAGAAGGGAAAAUAUCGUCUUAUCUGCAACGCAACACCUUGCCAUUCACAAGCAAGAACAUCGUCAUCGAAAAACACGGCGAUACGAUUGCAGCCCGUACGCAAGUUGGAUCAGCCAUUCACGUUCACGCAACGAUGGAAAAUGUCAAAAUAACGACAAUUCAGAACCACGGGGAAUGCUCCAUUACGACUUCUGUUCUCGAAGGAUGUUACUCCUGCAUUUUCGGAGCAAAGGCCACAAUAGUAUGCUACUCCACACAGGACCAAACCACUGCUGACAUAACAUGCGAAGGACAACACCAGCUUGCUAUAUGCACUCCAAGAGGAAGACUAUCAGUAUUGAGUUUCCAUUUUAACUCUCCGAAAAUCGCUACGAAUUGCACUGUCUCCUGCCCCGGAGGGCAAUCACACUUUCUCAUCAACGGCACUUUGGAUUACGUGCGGAACUCAGAGCUUCAACGCGAGAUUGGAAUCAACGAUGACAUCAGUACGAUUCCACCGGACAACGUAUGGCACAGCGUUACGGAAUGGGUCUCAUCAAUUCCGCGAAACUUUACCUUCUUCGGUCUUAUUAGAACCUUUAUAGCUGCCUGUGUCGCUAUGAAAAUUCUCUACGCAACACCAUGUGUAUCCAAUGGAGUAGCAGUAGCAACGUACGCAAGGCAGAAGCAAACCUUCAUGUGUUGGUUUCCAGUGUCAUGUCCGAAUGGUGAAAUCCGUGCGACCUUCCCUUACCAACCGGACUCAAACAUUUGCGGAACGCGUUGCGAUUGUCCAAAAUGGUCGCAAUUUUGCUCACACUACAACAGCUCACGGACACUGGAAUCAAGAAAGUCAAACAUCCCACAAGAAUUUCACAAUUUCGUUCCGGCCGACGUCUGCUCUUUCAGCAAAUCCGAUAGAUGCAGCGCAAAGAAGAAAAUUGGAACCUUCAAUCAAAUAGAACUGUAUGACGGGAGCACACUUCUGGUACCACAUCUCCAAGUCGCAGUCAAGGACUACCUUAACAAUGAGGACUUCAUUUGCAUCAGUCCCAAAGGAGAACGCGUCUCGACGGAACCACCUUACCAGGGAACAUCUGCCUUCUGUGAGAAGCAUCAGUGCAGCGACAAGGCGAACAAGUUCUGCAUAUAUGACGUCCCCAUAGCACUGUUCGAUUUCAGCAGCUCAACGUCUUCAACUAUCCUGAUUCCCAUCAAAGCCUGGGGCACCACCACAAGGGAAUUCUACCCUCACAACUUACAGACUUACGCUGAGUCAAUCCUUAUACUGACAAACUGCUCCAAAGGAGGACUGGAAAUCAAAGCUGAUCGAGAGAUUGACAUCAUAGAAGCAUGCAUUGCUUCGUACUGCAUCUUCGCUUCCCAUGUCUUCGACUACAUCGCUACUGUUCCCAACGGAACUGGUCGUCUUCAAAUGCACAAUACAGGUCACGGCAUGGCAGAACGGAUUACGUGUCCAUCAGUCUUCGCUCACAUGUCCAGCGCAUCCGAUAUGCGAAAUACUCCACUGCUCUUUCUGCUUGGAGAAACUUUACAACACUCAAUGCUGGACGAAUUUCGACAUCCUACUCGCUACAACAUCAUUCGUCAUAGUGAUAUCGUUAUAUUGGAUUCUUCAUCCACUACUUACCAUCAUCAGACGAUUGGUCAGACUCCCUGUGCUUAUGGUCAGAUGUUUGUCAUCCAUAUGGCACAAAAUCAAGAGAAGACAUAUCCGAAGAGAGGAAUCCUUCUCCACUCCCUUCCGACCUUACAAUCGUGCCAGUCGACUGCGACUGAAUCCUGUUCCAUCGUCAAUUCCACCGAAACGUGCUUUUUCAACCAAGGCGUUACCGUGACUCUUCAGCCUCUUGGCCAAGAUAUAUGUCUCGCCCUGAGAAAUGACAAGAACGAGCCAAUCGGCCAAGUGUCAUUACGGAUGAAAACAUAUCACAUGUCUGCCACCAAAAGAUCGAAUUCUUCACACGCGACCACGAAUUCCAAUCAGAAUCUUCUCAUCGCUGUUACAGAGCAGGGAGCUGCAAGCCUGGGAAAUGCGACAAUACGAAAUCAACAGACGUCAUAUCCGAGUUCAGCUGGAAAGCGUCGAAUAAUUCAGGAAACUGAGACAGAACACAGCGUCGCGUCGUACUUCGACCAGGAAAGAACCGCAAGAGUGAAGAACAUCAAACUAUCUCUUCUUGCAACCGUUUCUCCCCAGCUUCCCAUUUUGGGCUCGGCCUUCAUAACCGACGGCAAGAAAACAGCCAUGACCAUGACCGUUCAGGCAAAUGAGUUAACUCCCCAAACGCCAGGGCAGCUCCAGUGCGCUUCCAAAGCCGAAGCGAAACAAUUCAGUUGUCGAUUUUCCGCAAGAGCAUGCACAUGCUCUACGGGAUCAUUCAAAGCCAGCUGCACAUGUCCAGAAGGGAAAAUAUCGUCUUAUCUGCAACGCAACACCUUGCCAUUCACAAGCAAGAACAUCGUCAUCGAAAAACACGGCGAUACGAUUGCAGCCCGUACGCAAGUUGGAUCAGCCAUUCACGUUCACGCAACGAUGGAAAAUGUCAAAAUAACGACAAUUCAGAACCACGGGGAAUGCUCCAUUACGACUUCUGUUCUCGAAGGAUGUUACUCCUGCAUUUUCGGAGCAAAGGCCACAAUAGUAUGCUACUCCACACAGGACCAAACCACUGCUGACAUAACAUGCGAAGGACAACACCAGCUUGCUAUAUGCACUCCAAGAGGAAGACUAUCAGUAUUGAGUUUCCAUUUUAACUCUCCGAAAAUCGCUACGAAUUGCACUGUCUCCUGCCCCGGAGGGCAAUCACACUUUCUCAUCAACGGCACUUUGGAUUACGUGCGGAACUCAGAGCUUCAACGCGAGAUUGGAAUCAACGAUGACAUCAGUACGAUUCCACCGGACAACGUAUGGCACAGCGUUACGGAAUGGGUCUCAUCAAUUCCGCGAAACUUUACCUUCUUCGGUCUUAUUAGAACCUUUAUAGCUGCCUGUGUCGCUAUGUUACUCAUUUCGCUUACUAUUUCCAUUGUGAACUUUUUCUCGAACACAUUUCCAGCCAAGAAGCAAAUCUAG